AUGAGUACUGGAAGAUACUUUCUUACUGGGGCUGUAAUCCUUGGUUCUGCUAUCUAUUAUGAUCAGAAUGUCCAACCAAUUUUCCCUGAUUGGGUUCGUCAAAAGGAAGUGGAAAUCCCCCACAGACUUCACCAGGAACAACAAAGAUUCUCCCUGGACAUUUCCUCAAAGUACAAUAAAGAUGUUAAGCCCAGAAUCGAGACUUUUGGCUCCCAAGUGUCGGCCAAAACAAGCGCCUUGAAGGACGAAGUGGUUGACAAGGCUCAGUCGGUCACUGACAGAUUCAAGCAGUCCAAAGUGUACAAAGACACAGACGAUUAUUUGAAUAAGGUUGACGCUGAAGCUAAACGUUUGGCUGAACCUGAUGAAGACAAGUCCUAUAUGAGACAAGCAAUGAUUGGAUACAUUGACUGGGUCAAUAAAAUUGCUACAGGUAAAGAUUAUGUCAUGCAAGAAGAGUAUGUCAUCAUUGACGAGCCUCAAGGUCAAUCAUGGUCUCUGUACUUGUAUGACAAGAGUGGACUCCAUUAUGCUUCUAACAAGGUUGCCCAACUCUUUGGCGAGUCCAAGAGCGAAGCAGAAUUGAAGGGUGAACAAUUGAAUGCCAGACUCAAGGACUUGGGCGACGAUGCUAAACGUACAGGGGACAAGGUGGCCAAGGAAGCAAACGCAAAGUACUACGAAGCUAAACUGGCUGUCAGCGACCUGUAUGAAGAUGCUAAGAAGAAUGUCAACCAAAAAUUGGACAAAGCCAGUGCAGCAGCUGAAGCUCAGAAGCAGAAGGCCAUUGAUGACUACUACAGAUCCAAGAAGGAUUUGGAUGAUGUGAUGGCCAAAGGUGACGCUGCUAAGGCCAGAGAUGUCGAAGCAGCUAAGCAAAAGUUGAACCUGGCCUAUGCUAGUCUUAGACUGUUUGGUGAUAACGUUAUCAAGGAAGCCAAUGACAAGCUUGAUAAGCUUAAGUAG